AGGAGCGGCUAGCGGUGUACUUCCGUACCGCGACGUUGCCUCCUUUCCUUCUCGUGCCAGUGUGAGUGAAGCAGAUUUGUGAACCUAACCUCGUUUUUUAUUUUCCAAGAUUUUAAAAAGUUAACGGUAUUUCCUCCAAUCGAACUUGAUUGGUGUUAAUUAAAAAUGCCAGUCUCUUGUUUAAUUUGUUUUAAAGUUUUUUCCACUCAAAGCAGUGUUAAUCGGCACUUGAAGAAUGUACAUAAACAGGAAAAAAAUAAUAUUAUUUCCUACCCAUAUGAUCACUUUAAUAGUAAGUGCUUAGAAGAAAACUGUGGCACUUCUUUUCGGUUUAUAUCAGAAUUAAGAUGUCACUUAGAAACGGUCCAUAACAAAACUAUGAAUAAGGAAAACAUUUUUUUUGCAAGUGAAGAAGAAUUUAACCCCUGGUUUCAUCAAAUUUGUGACAACAAUAAUUUAGAAUAUGUUCGACAUAAACAAAAAGACCAACCUAUUACAUAUUUUAAUUGUAAUCGAUCAGGAACAUAUAAAAGUAAUAUCGAAAUUAGAAAACGAGCCAUUAAAAGUCAAGGUAGCUGUAAAAUUGGGCAUAAAUGCACGAGCCAAAACAUUUUAAACCAGAAUUCUACUGGCCAAUAUUGUGCACAAUAUUACAAGACCCAUUAUGGACAUACAAUUGAAGUUCAGCAUAUACAUCUCUCUAAAGAAACACGAAUUAAUAUUGCAACAAAACUUGCAAGUGGUGUUUCAGUGAGUAGGUAA